GCUCGUGAUGUGUGCAGCAGUGAAGUGGUGGCCAUCAAGAAGAUGUCGUAUAGCGGCAAGCAGACGAACGAGAAAUGGCAGGACAUCAUCAAAGAGGUGAAGUUCCUGCAGAGACUUCGACACCCCAACACCAUCGAGUACCGAGGCUGCUACCUGAAAGAGCACACAGCAUGGCUGGUGAUGGAGUACUGCCUCGGCUCUGCCUCAGACCUCCUGGAAGUUCACAAAAAGCCCCUCCAGGAGGUGGAAAUAGCUGCUAUUACCCAUGGUGCUCUGCAGGGGUUAGCAUACCUUCACUCUCACAACAUGAUCCACAGGGACGUGAAGGCAGGAAACAUCCUGCUGACGGAGCCGGGUCAGGUCAAACUGGGGGACUUCGGCUCAGCCUCCAUCGUGUCUCCGGCCAACUCGUUUGUGGGGACACCCUACUGGAUGGCUCCUGAGGUGAUUCUGGCCAUGGAUGAGGGUCAGUACGAUGGGAAGGUGGACGUCUGGUCUCUGGGCAUCACCUGCAUCGAGCUGGCUGAGAGGAAGCCCCCGCUCUUCAACAUGAACGCUAUGAGUGCCUUAUACCAGAUCGCUCAGAAUGAGAGUCCUGUCCUGCAGUCCAAUCACUGGUCCGACUCGUUCCGCAGCUUCGUGGACUCGUGUCUUCAGAAGAUUCCUCAGGACCGGCCCACGUCAGACGUGCUGUUAAACCAUCGCUUCCUGUGCCGCGAGCGUCCACAGACCGUCAUCAUGGACCUGAUCGCACGCACCAAGGACGCCGUGAGAGAACUGGACAACCUGCAGUACCGCAAGAUGAAGAAGAUCCUGUUCCAGGAAACCCAGCAGAACGGACCUGUGUCCGAGGGAGGGGACGAUGAAGAGACUAAAGCUGCUCUGGCAGAAGAGAGGAAGUUCCAGCAGCAGAUCCUGGGUCAGCAGAAGAAAGAGCUGAACUGUUUACUGGACUCUCAGAAACGCCAGUAUCGCCUGCGCAAGGAGCAGCUGAAAGAAGAGCUGAGCGAGAACCAGUCCACUCCGAAGAGGGAGAAGCAGGAGUGGUUGAUCCGUCAGAAGGAGUGUCUGCAGCAGAUGCAGGCAGAGGAGGAGGCCAGCCUGCUGAGGAGGCAGAGGCAGUACUACGAGCUGCAGUGUCGUCAGUACAAGAGGAAGAUGCUGCUGGCUCACCACAACCUGGAGCAGGACCUGCUCCGAGAGGAGCUGAAUAAGAAGCAGACUCAGAAGGACCUGGAGUGCGCCAUGUUGCUGCGGCACCACGAGUCCACCCAGGAGCUGGAGUUCAGACAGCUGAGCAUAGUGCAGAGAACCCGGGCUGAACUGAUCCGGACUCAGCACCAGACAGAACUCACCAACCAGAUGGAGUACAACAAGCGGCGCGAGCAGGAGCUCAGACAGAAACACACCGUGGAGGUCCGCCAGCAGCCCAAGAGUCUGAAGUCCAAAGAGCUGCUGAUCAAACGGCAGUUCCAGGAAACCUGCAAGAUCCAGACCCGUCAGUACAAAGCUCUGCGGAACCACCUGCUGGAGAACACACCAAAGUCAGACCACAAGACCGUUCUCAAACGCCUCAAAGAUGAGCAGACACGGAAACUAGCCAUCCUGGCUGAGCAGUACGACCAUUCCAUCAAUGACAUGCUGUCCACACAGGCUGUGAGCAAGAUCCGGUUGGAUGAGACCCAGGAGACGGAGUACCAGGUUCUGCACAUGCAGCUGCAGCAGGAGCUGGAACUGCUCAACGCCUACCAGAGUAAAAUCAAGAUCCACACGGACACGCAGCACGAGCGUGAGGUGAAGGAGCUGGAGCAGAGGGUGUCCAUCCGCCGAGCGCUGCUGGAGCAGAGGAUCGAGGAGGAGAUGCUUUCCGUUCAGACGGAGCGGUCCGAGCGGAUCCGGACUCUGCUGGAGCGCCAGGCCCAUGAGAUCGAGGCCUUCGACUCAGAGAGCAUGCGUCUGGGCUUCAGCAACAUGGCUCUGACUGGGAUCUCUGCAGAGGCCUACAACCAGGGCUACCCCACCCCCAGCCCCUCCUCCGGCACCGGAGGGUGGCCGUCGAGGCCCGUCCCGCGCUCCGGCAGCCACUGGAGCCACAGCGUCCAGAACUCUGUGGCCACACCCUCCUGGCGCAGUCAGAACCACAGCGUGGGGGGGUUCAGCCGGGCCGAGUCGGUGGUCUCCACCCACGGUGACCUGACGAAGAGCGUGAGGGGGCCCUCCUCCUCCUCCCACCUGCAGCAGCACUACCAGCACCACCAGAGCACACCGCAGCUGUACCGCGACGAGCGGGACCCCCGGGAGCGAGAGCGAGCCCGGGAGUGGGUGGGGGGCGGGGGGCACUACUCCCAUCACUCCCAGGGCCUCCACCACCUCUCCUCUCACUCCUCCUCCCAGUCCCUGGCCCUCCUGCCCCCCUCAUCGCAGCCCCCGCCCAUCUCCCUGUCCUCCUCCUCCCCUCCCUCCUCCGCCUCCUCCUCCUCCUCCUCCUCACAGGGGGGCUACGGAGGCGGGGGCCUGAGUCUGAGCGUCAGGGGCCCCGGCCUGAUGGCCCUCAGGAACAGCCCCCAGCCACUCAGGAGGACGGCCUCCGGGGGCCCGGGUGGCGGCGUGGGGAGCGACGGGGGCCUCAGCCGCAGCACGUCCGUCACCUCCCACAUCUCCAACGGCUCGCACCUGUCCUACUCAUGAAGGCCCCGCCCCCUCCUCCCCAGCAGGACCAGGACUGGGAUCAGGUGUGGGCUCGAUGUGUCAUCAUCAACAAGUCCAGGUCUUCUGCAGAGGAGCCUGAUGGUCCUGUGAUGAGGAGGAUGAGGAGCUUCCUCUCAGCCUGCUGCGCUUUAAAACCUGUAAAUCAUGUAAAAACUGUUGAUCUGUCAAAUAAAACACUGCCAUCGUCUGCUGCCUC